AUGUCCGCAUCAACACGGUUGCAGGGGAGAAUUGUCGGCCCCCUGGAUAAGCGAAGGCGGAUGACGCGCUGCCUCGGUGUGAAGGAGGAUUUCCAUGUGUUCAUUGCAUUCGACAAAACACGAUAUGAUUUCGGUGGUGGUCACCGACGCUCUGAUCAGAGUAGCAUGGUGAUUCAAGAUAGGCACGGCUCCGGGAUUCACCCACUUGCUUUUAUCGGGAAAGAUAGAGGAACUUGCCUUCUUGAUUGUUUUGUCUCUUUUAUUGAGCAGAACAUGUUCACGAUGAGCUUCUCGUCAAUAAUCCCGGACCUGCUUCCAUUAAUUUCAACUUCCCCGGUCCUGUAUAAUGCAGUGAUUGCGGUUGGUGCUUUGGAUGCGAACCGACAUGCGGGUGGACGCGCGUUACAGGGAGAGAAAUCACCCUAUGUCGAUGCCAUGACCUCUUACCAUAAGUCAAUGGGUAUUUUGCGGUCAUGUCUGGGAAAUAUCAAUGUGAUGCAAAAGGAGGACGUUCUCUGGGCCACAUUUUUCCUCGGCCUGUUUGAGUUGCUGUCAGACGAUUCGGGCGAAGGAUGGGUCAAGCACAUGCUCUAUGGAACAUCCAAAAUGCUCCAGCUCGUAGGACCAAGCGACUGCAUGUCAUCAGCCAGAAGGAUAUUCUACGACCUGUUUCGUGUCCUCGAAGCCAGCCGAGCAUUGCUCUAUAAUGAAGAAACUAUCCUUUCUCAGGACUGCUGGCUCGGACUCCAACAGUCCCUAUCAAGCAAUACCACUCGAUGGGAUCCCAUGCAAGAGAUUAUAACACUCAUGAUUGAGAUAUCCGCCUUCAGCUUACGAGCCGGGGCUAUAAUUGACAUGAUUCCUGAGGCAGAACGGUUCACAGAUCCAUCAGUUGCUCUGAUUGCGGCGGAAGGACUUGAUCUCCAAGAAACUAUCUAUAACUGGCACACGAAGACGUUGCUACACCUGGUCCAGGAUGAUCCUAAUCAGCACUCAAACUUAGCUUUGGUAUACUAUCACGCGCUGCUGAUCUUUCUCUCUGGCAACUAUGACUAUUUUGCAUACUGGGACAAUAUCCCAGCCCCGGUACUAUCCCCUGCUGAAAUUUCUGAACACCUGACUACCAUCCUGUAUCUCUCGGGUGAGGUGUUGCGCAACUCCAAGAUUCCGGGAGUGAUGCUGUUUUUCCCGGUAACUGUGGCAGGAGCUCGAGCCUGGACGACUGAUCAGCAAUCGGAAAUAUUGAAUCUGCUCAACCUGGUCUUCCGUAAAGGAUUCGUGGUCGCAAACAAGAUACGGGAUGGUUUGCUAGAACGGUGGGCCGAGAGAGACCGGAAAGAGAAAAUGCAUCUGGCCACAUGA